UGGGUGGCAGUAGGGCGAGAAAUGGUUAAGUUCCUUUGAUGACAUCUGAGAAAUAUAUGGUUUGACAGUGUAACGAGAAACUUCAUAGCAAAAUAUGCCUCUUUUUGGUAAAAAAGGUGGGAAAGAGAAAGAUGUUAAGAAGCGUUACAUAUUCAAGGAGGUGCUGGGAACGGGUGCUUUCUCUGAAGUUUCUCUGGCUCAGGACACAUUGGAAUCAAAACUUGUAGCAAUUAAAUGUAUCAACAGACGAUGUCUGGCAGGCAAAGAGGAAUCCCUGGAAAACGAAAUUGAAGUUCUACGCAGAUUGAGACAUCCCAACAUUGUACAGUUGCUGGAAGUGUUCGAAGAGAAAAAUAAUGUCUACCUGGUUAUGGAACUUGUGACCGGAGGCGAGCUGUUUGACAGGAUUGUGGAGAAGGGCAGUUAUACAGAGAAAGAUGCUAGUUCCCUUAUUAAACAAGUCCUCGAGGCUGUUGACUUCAUGCAUGAAUUAGGCGUGGUCCAUCGGGAUCUUAAGCCUGAAAAUCUACUGUAUUAUAGCCCUAAAGAAGACUCAAAAAUAAUGAUCAGUGACUUUGGGCUUUCAAAAACAGAAGAUUCAGGUAUCAUGGCAACAGCCUGUGGAACACCCGGUUACGUAGCUCCCGAGGUUUUAGCACAGAUGCCAUAUGGCAAGGAGGUGGAUUGUUGGUCUAUAGGCGUAAUAGCCUAUAUAUUGCUUUGUGGAUACCCACCGUUUUAUGAUGAGAAUGACACAGCACUAUUCCAGCAAAUACUUAAGGCCGAGUAUGAAUUUGACUCUCCGUACUGGGACGAUAUAUCACAAUCAGCUAAAGAUUUCAUUAGCCACCUCAUGUGUAAAGAUCGCAAAAAAAGAUUCACAUGCAAACAGGCAUUGAAAUUCCCUUGGAUAUCAGGUGACACGGCCUUAGAAAAGAACAUCCAUGCAUCUGUUAGUGCCCAAAUCAAAAAGAAUUUUGCAAAAUCAAAGUGGAAGCAAGCCUACAAUGCUACAGCCGUCAUCCGACAGAUGAAGAAACUGGCGAUGAGUAAAGAUGAACAUUCCCAAUCGUGUACACAAGAGAAGAAGUAGAGAACCUAGCUACCUACACCUUCAUCGUAACCCUCAUCGCACUUUUCGUGUCUCAUCGAUCUCAUCGAUAGAAUUUAUACCAUUUAUGACCAAAUUGCAUCAUAUUUGCCUUUUUCCUAGAACACGUAAGAUGAGAUUCAAAAUUGACUUGCCCUGUAGUGUAAUGUGUAUGUGCCAAUGACAAAGAAGCCAUUAGUGUGCGAGAUUCCUACAAUUUAUACAGGUUGUCAUUGUAUAAAGGUUUUUAAGGUGUAAUACCACAUUUCAGGCCCCAAUUUCAUCAACGUUCCUUAUCUUAAGGAAAUCUCUUAACUUUAAAUGUUCCAUAGGAAUGCAUUACAAAAUCUUAGAAAAGUUCCUCAAGAUUUUCCUGUCAACCCAUUAGUGCUUUCCUAUGGAAAAGUUUGACUUAAGGAACUUUUAUGAAACCAGCACCUGGUUGUUCAAAGGCAGAUAUUGUUUGUCUACACUUACAAUUUUUGUUGUAAACACGUUUCAUGUCACAAAAUAUGUUGUAGACCUUUUCUUACAAAAGACAGAUGGGACCAGUUAUUCUGGUGUGCAUGUAUUAUAUACAUAACCAUUGGUAAAACUAUUUAACUUUGUGCAAAAUUUCUGUGAUCAAAUGUAAUUUUCCGAACAAACAGCAUCGUUUUAACAAUGGUUAUUGAGUUUUCAUUGUUUGUAACAAGUUUUGACCCGACUGUACCCAACCGUCUUUUGAAGGAAAAAUAAUGAAUCCGUACAAAUAUGAAGAUUGAUAAAGAAAGGCUUGAAAGUAAGAUACUUGAUAAAACUGAUAUUAUUAGCAUUUUCAUUGGUGUGAGUCUAACAGACUGGUUAAUGAUUUUAUAUCACAAACCACAAAUGAAUGAAUUUACAUUUCUCUUUUGUAGUUCUUUAGGUACACCAUGAGAAGAAAUCAUAUUCAUAGGAGUAUGAAUGCAAUUUGUUUGCGUCAUUUUAUCUUUUCUCCUCUCAACUUUCAUAACAUGAAACACAGGUCAUCCAGUUGUCAAAUCAUGAUUUCUCAGAAAUGUCAUGUGACAAACAUAUAUGUCUAAUAGACAUAUUCUCCAAACCAAAGUCAAAUCUCAUUCUGGGGAGUCAAAGUCAUACGCUCAAGGGUCUACUGGAUGCCCUGGAGAUUACUGUGUGAUAAACAGAUUUAGGUAAACAUAGCCUGUACAUAUAUAAGGCAUUGUACUGUCUAUUCGCCUGGUACUAAGUACAUAAGGCCAAAAAAAUAUAUAUAUAUGUGUUAAGGGUUUCCCGACCGACCCUACUUUUUGACCACCGACUCAAAGUUAUUUUAUGCGUUUUUUUCUCGAAUUUUCCGAUUUCUUUCCGGAAUUUUCGGAUUUGGUUAAAAUUUCAGAAAACCUAAAACAAGUUAGUGUUUGAUUGACCAAUAUAGUUCCGAUGAAGCACAGGCAUAUUCAAAAAGGUUUAAUCCCAUGAAAACUUUGUGAUGCCAGUGAUGGUUUCAAAUUGUCAAUCUCGACCCAGAUCUCGGGAACGGAGACAUACGACAUAGAUGAAAUUAAAAAAAAAUAAAAUAAAAAAUAAAAUAAAAUAACUUUCCUACCUACCGACCCUACCAAAUUUUCAACUUGUAACCCUGAACACAUAUAUAUAUAUUUUUGGCCUUAGUAAUACGGUAUAUACUUAUUGUAGAUUAUUGGUACCAGUCAUAAGUACACAGCAACAUAUAUUUGUACUUACCUGAUAUUUUAGAUUAUCGAUACACUGUACAACAGAAUUUCUAAUUUGAUAUAUUUGUGUUAAAAAUUCUGCUGGUAGGAGCGCAAAUCAGUCGCACGCAUACUUGAUAUUUAGACCUAUGAGCUUCAUACAUUAUAGAUUAAGGCAUUUUUCAUUACUGGCAAAGCUCUACUUCAUUAAACAGACAUUAGGAGCUGGUCAAAUCUUUUUUACCUGCUCCAGGAUUUUUAUGGAGCCUGGAAUGAAAAAAUGGCAAAACUUGACCAUUUUAGCUACCUUGUCUCCUUGUUGUAGAAUUUUCAGGUAAGUGACUUCUCUAAAUUGUUUCAGAGUCAAGUGUCUGCGAAGAAUUUUUUUUUUUUUUUUGAGGCACGUAUUUAUUGGUUUACCAAUCACACUAGUACUCAUCAAGAAUCUCACAAAUAUGUAAUAAUUUGUAAUAAUCAGCAUCACCUCACCUGUUAGAUUUCACAUGUAGAAGAUGUCUGGUGUGUCGUCACACAGACCAAUUAAUCUUGUGACAAAACCAGAUUUCGAAAUAAUUGAAAUGCACAUCAUGAUUAUUCUUACUAAACUGUAGUUAACUUUAAUUUGUUUGUGUAAGGCUCUGUAUUGGAGCUAAAUCCUCACUCGAAAUCUGAUUCUUAAAUUGUGUUGACUCUUUCUCAUGUUUAUUUCAUCUCGUCUGGAGGGACCAUGACCAAGGGGAGGUAACUCUCGACAAAAAUACAUUUACGCACUGUCACAAAAUUAACCUGGUACAUGGAGUGUCUUUAUAAACAAUUUAGUGUGAGAGAGGUCAAAAGGUCAGGGUUUCCUGAUGGAUCCCAUGAUCAGCAUGUAUGUAUUCACUCUAAAGCUUUUUCUAUGUGUUUUAUCAAAGACUUAUGUCAGAGUCUAUGGUUGUAUAGACAAUAUUGGGAAUGAUGGACUUUUUGAGCGCCUCUACUUUUUAUGCAUCCCUGUGAAAGGUUACAUGCGUCCAUAUGAGUGGUACGGUGUAUUUGAUGAGCCUGCAAUAAAUAGUAAGGUAAACAAAUCUUACUGCAGUCUGUUUGUUGAUUAACUGUUGUUUACCUUAUAAUUUUCCAGAAUAUCGUUGUUAUUUUUGUUUUGGCAAUAUGUUUUAUUUUAGUGCAAACAUAUGGUGUUGUCAUGUGUAAACUUGUAUAAGUCAUAUAAAAUUUGGUUCAGUAUAAUUCAAAAAGUAUAUGUUAUACUACCCUAAAUGAAUUAGAAUUAAUUAACCUUAAUUAAGUACUGGUAUUGAUAUGACAUUUAAAGAUAUUGAGUUACACAUUUUAUGAUAGAUAGAUUUUUUUGUUUCAUUCGGUGCAGAGAAUAUUUUCUGAACAAAUUUUAAGUUUUCAGAAAAAAAUAAAAUCUGUUAUUUCGUUUAGGGAAAUCAUUCAUAACUUUCUGAUUUUGAAAAGAAAAGAAAACCAAAACGUAGAAACAAACAUACAAAUAAAAAGGAAUUUAUUGUAAUUCGUUUCAAAAUUUAAAAACAAUAAUGCUAUUUCCAUCAGAGUAUAUUCUAAAGACCUGAACCAAAAUUGCAAACUUUCAAAAGAUCCAGACUAUUAUAGGUUUAAACAUUCAAAUGAUCUAGAUUACCAUGGUGCUGGUAAAACAAACAUUUUAAAGACUCAGAUGAGGUAUUGGUGAAGUUUGAGAUCAAUGGAAUUCAAAAUAUCCAGAUAUUGAGCUGUAAAGCGAUGAAUGCAGUUUGAGGAUGUUUAACUUAGUCAUUGUUUAACUCUGUAAUAAUUACAUUGUUAUUAUAAAUUUGAUAUUUUGUUGAAUGUUUUUGAGGCUAGAUUUAUUCCAUAAUAUGUUUACAAUCACUUAGACUUUGAAAAAAUGUAUAUAUAUAUACAUGUUUUGUUGAAUUGUUUUAUUAUUUAUAUAUAUAGUUACUCGAUUAACAAGUGUACAUUAGUCAUUCAUUGCAGAAACAUCCUAUGGCAUGAUGAUAUAUUUCUGUUAUAAUGUUAUAUAUACAUUUUAAUUGCAGGGGACUAUAUUAGGCAGGGUCCAUUUGAAUUCUGUCUGAAAAGUUUUAAAGGUCUACCUUUAAACUUUAAAAAAAUAAUUUUCUUUAGUGUUAUGAAAAGAAUUUAUCUCUUGUGGAGAUAUUUAAUAAUAUUUAAAACAUUGUUAAUGAUAUUUGACAGGACAUUAUCAAAUGUGUUCAAAGAUGCAUUAUGUUAAAAACUUUAAUAUUACAUUUAGUUAUAUAUAUGUUACCUUUGUGUCGGAAAAGUGAAAAGGCUUUGUACAGGUUUUUUUAUUUGACAUUUAAAUAAAUAAAAAUAAACAUUUUAUUAAAUCAGAAAAAAAAAAUUAUGAGUUAGACUCAGGAACCUGGUAUGAUAAUGUAUGUAACAUUGUCAUUUAAGAGCUUUCCAAACUUACAGCAACUAGAAUGGUGAUGAUCAGCAUGAUCAGAGCCAAGCACUACAGUGCAACGCAAAUGUACAACUCAAGCUUUGAGCUUGAUUUCAUUUUGUUCUAAGAUAGAGACUUAGUCCAUGUUGACUCAUUGAGAUUCAGAAUACUUAAUGUAGAUAUUAGACUGGCCCUCCUAUCUCUAGUAUAUUACAAUUAUAAAUAAAAUUGAGCUUUUGGUCUCUAGAAUAUAUAUCUGAUUCUAAAAUCUAAAUUUCAAACUAGGGGGAGAUAAUCCAGUAUUGGAAUUUUGCUGAGCAAUACUUGACAAAUAACUCAGGGGCUGGUGGCCAGUCUUAUCAUUAAUGUGUUAAAAAAAAAAAAAAAAUACUGCCAUACUGGGCCAAAUGAGGAUGGCUGCAAAGCUGACAGGGGGACAACAAAAACAAGAGACAUUAAUAAAUGGUGGAAAUUCAAUUUUCAAAGACUGCUCUCUCUUCUAUAUCAAUAUUAUGUAAAAAUCGCAAAUAUUUAGAAAAUAUUCUUCAUGGCUGAAAUAAAAUCAUUGAUAGCUUAGUUCAUUCUUUUUCAAAUCUUGCAAUUUGUUGCUGAUAUUAUGAUUGUAAUAUUUUGAGAAGUAGAGCUGUUCAAACAUCGUCAUGGUAGGUGCUGACAACAUGAGACAUAAUUAUCGUUAUUUCCCGUGGUCUUGUUUGGACCAAUCAUAUUGUAGCAUUUAAACGCCACCAUGACUCGGAUUUGACUGGAAGUCAUUGUUAUUUGGUGCCAUUCAUGUUGAUGACAAUUUGUAUUCCAAUCAUGAUAAGUCAGUUUUGACGAGAGUUGGGGGAACAUGUCAUUAUUUGUGAUACUUGGACAGGUAUUCAUUGUUGUAUGAGAUAAUAAAGUACGAUUCAUUUAAAUUGGUAAACAAAUUAUGAUUCAUUGAAAUUGGUAAACAAAUUCUUAUUUAUGGCACUUUAAGGAGUUACGAUUUUUUAUGAUGUCGAACAAUGCUGAUAAAGGAUCAUUUAUAUACAUUAAAAAAAUCAUGAUUUGAACUGUUGAUUCAUAGCACUAACAUUUUUCAAUGCUUUUUGUCGUAGAUAUUAUGUAAAUUAUAUUGUAUUUAUAUAUUUGUGUAAAUAAUGCAUUCAAAAUGUACCAAUGCCAUUAAGAACAACUACGCAAAUCAUACCAGUCGUUAUUAAAAAGUCUUCUAUUAUAGCGUCUAUGUGACAUUUUGGAUAAACAUUGUAGAAUUUAUCUGUAGAUUUCAGAAUGACAGUUAGUACAUUGUACAUGUAAUAGUCAAGCUAUUUAAUAUUAGGGUAUGCAGAUUUUUAAAAGUUCAAAUAUAUAUAUAUCAUAUAUAUUUUUUCACACCUUAGAUAGACAUAUAUCUGCACAAUGUUUAUAAAAUUUUGAAUUUCUGCUAUGAUGCAACAAGACAGUGGGGUGCGUCCUGGAUACUUGAGGGGUAAAAUUCACUUUAAAUAAGCUCUCUACAGCCUUGAUACUCGAGGGGUAAAAUUCACUUUAAAUAAGCUCUCUACAUUCUCGAUACUCGAGGGGG